UCUCAAAUUUAUCCAUUUAUUUCUCCAAAUUACAAACAAAAAUUUACAAGGAAUGACAAUGAUGAUGAGUUUUUACAAGAAGAGUCUCCACUCAUUCUUAUCCUUCACCGACAACCUUUCUUCCAAAUCUUCACCACCUUUCAAUAAUUCUAAUCCCCACCUUGAAUUACACCAUGCCUCCUCAGGCUUAGGAUUGAUUAACUCCGAUCAUAAUAAUGCCAUGCAAUCCAAUAAAUCUCCAAAUAUUCUUGAAUCUUCCUCCCUCAUCAAACCCCCUCUUUCCUCGUCCAGAAAAGACCCCGGUGGGGUCGGUUUCAUGGACGACGUUGGCGGUGGCGUCGACGGGUUGAUGUCGUGCACUGAGAGCCUUGGAUUUGAGAGCUCCGAUGAGAGAUUGGUGAAUGAUGAAUUGACGACGAUGGAGGAUAAUUGCGGCGGGUGGUGUAUGUCGAGGGUGCGGCGUAGGAAGGUGGUGACGGAAGAGAGGAAGUUUCCACCACCGUUGACGUCGUUGAAUCAACAUGGACAUCCGAAUUUUUAUCUCCGGUCAGUAAGGAAAGAUGGGAGAUUGGAGCUGACGGAGGUUAGGAUCGAACGGACUGAGAUUCUUCGAGCGUGUCGUGGAGAUGGACGGUUGAGAUUGCAUCUUAUCAAAGAUGAAGAACAAGGAGAAAAAGAUGGCCGCGACGGGGACAACGAAGGUGGGAUGGAAGAGGAGAAGGAGGAGAAGAAGGAGGAGGAGGAAAAGGAAGAAGAAGAAGAAGAAAAAGAAAAAGAAGAAGAAGAAGUAGAGGGCUUAGUGAAGGAAGGAAAAAUGGAAUUUAGGCGAUAUGUUGAGAUGAUAAACCAGCAGCGUCGCCAUGAGCACCACCGUAGCCACCACCAACACCACCACCAGCAUUUGGAUGUGUGGAGACAGCACUGCGUUACAACAAGUUAAGAAUUUUUUUUCAAAAAAAAAAUAUAUAUAUUUUUAUUAAUUAUGUCGGUAGAAUUAAUUAAUUCAUGAAAGCGGUGGGUGUGCAUAAAAAAUGAGAAAUUAUCAUUAUUAUCAUUAUUA